UGCAUGAACAUCAAAGGAUGAGGGACCCGACACCGGGGUUGGCGUUGCGCAGCAGUCUGCAGAGUCCAGACUCCUUAGGUUUGCGGAGUAUCAGCUGCAAGCAGCAUUACUGAUCAGGUGUAAUUGUGUCUUUCCUUAGACGAGGAUUCGAUCUUGUCGUUGCAUGCCCCAUGCCUUUGAUUCGCACGGGCUAUAAGAGAAGUAUCCAUCUUGUCGUUGCAAGCCCGCCGGCGGCGUUGCUCGAUGCAAGUAGUAUCGAAUUAGCUCGCUUGAAUUUGUGCAGGUGAUAUGUUAGAAUUAUUGCAAGCGCGUUUGUGUACGUGAAGCCCGGAAGCAGUAGCGCCGGUUGGGGUUUCCUCUGGCCCGUACAGUUUCUCGUUGAAGCAGAAAACUUUUCAAUUUCUUUGUGCCCUCUCCAACGAGAGAAUCUUUACGUCCAGUGUUCGCUAGCACGCUCCAGUUCCAGCCCACCGUUACUGCUCACCUCUUCAACCGCUUGCUGCAAUUGACACGCCAGCCAAAACAAAUACUUUGCACUCAGGAAAUGCCGCUCUUUCCCAACAAAAAGAAGGGCCCCAUCGGGGGCCACGUCACUGAGGAAGAGUAUGUGACUGAUGAGUUGAACGGCGUGGAAUCCAUGAGUCACGGGCAAAAGCAGAUGCCGUCAUUCAUCGUGGCCCCAAACCUAACUGAAGAAGAAUACGUUGGACAGGAAGCUGACGGUGGGUCGCAGCAAGGGAGAGAUCUGUCUGGGAAUGUAAGAUCCGGUCAAAUUGACCAAGUACAAAACGGGGUGGCGCAGAAUGGGGUUGCGGAAAAGAAGGCGGGGAAAGGAAAGGUGUCGUUUUGGAAGCGGACUCUGAGCCGAGGGAAGAAAGAAAAGCGGCCGGCAGAUGGAGCAGUAACGGAGGAAGAGUACUUUGAGUCGGAAAGAAGAGUUUUGAACGAAGCAACUGAGAGCCAAUUGGAGAAAGUUUCAACGAGCAAGUCAAAGUGCGCCAAGACGAGCGAGAGAGAGGAUGUUGACACGAGAGAAUUGGGGGAUGCAGAAACUAAAACAUUGGGUAAUGCGAGCACUAGCAACUUGGAAGUAGGAAGCAUCAGCGGGGAAACAAAUGCCAACACAGGCGCCGGGCAAGAAGUGGCGCUUUUGCAGAACGGUCUUGAAAGUGGACAGGAUGACAGCGUUCGAGGAGAAACUGCCUAUGAUACCCUGGUCCAAGAGGAAAGCACAGCUGUGCAAAAUUCUGUGGGAACAAGGGAUGGAGACAGAAGCCUGGGUGUGGCAUGGAGCGGUCCGACCGUCGACGACCAUUUAGACCGACACAUGCAGGACCUGCGGAUGCUGAUGCUCCCGAAGCGGCCAGGGUUUGAACCCAAACCUUGGGACGCAACAGCGGCGAGCCCGUUCCUCGACUUUGGUCCAAUCGACAGGGUUGCGAUCCGGGUGCGAAUACUCCCCGGGGGCACUGAUUGCCCCCCUAUUGUGUUCAAGAACGACGGAAAGCGCUUCAAGGAUCUGAGCCACACCGACACAUGCGUCAAGUUGCGCGAGGGGAUGGACUACUUCGUUGGUCUCAAGCUGAUGCCUCCGGUGCUCAUCAAGUCGAACUCGGCGGACCUGCAGGUGUUUAGCAGCCUGAAGGGAGAGGACUCGGGCACGCUGCACGAAGUUGGCAAGCUGGCGCUGACGCCAACGCGAGAGGGAUACUGUGGGCGUUGGAGGUGUCAGUUACCGUCCUCGAAGAACGGGGAUCGAAGGCGGAUGUUUCUGAAGCUCGAAAUCGAGGGGAUAGGCUGGAUCGAGUUGCCGCUGCUUGCGAAGGUCUACGCAGACGACGACCGAGGGAGCAGCACCUCCGGCUCUCCCCUGGGGGCGUUGCUCUACCGGUGCCGGGCAGACCCCGGGAACUCGCUCCUGGGACAGGUGGUCACGGUGGACAUUCUUGAUUGCCCCUGGGAGAUGAACGACCGGUUCAACUGGACGCGCCCGGGGAAAAGCAACCAACCGUACUGAUGCAUCGGAAGGUCGAAUUGCUUGCGGGUCGAUCAUUGACAUCGCUCGUUGCGUAAUUGCUGAUAUGGCGAUUGGUAAGCGGAAGAUUUGAGGGGGAGCUCAGGUCAUGCAGCAUGAUUUGCUGCUGGUGAACGGUACGUAAAAUCUACUAGGUUUUAAUGGCCGCCGUUCUAGUCCGACUAUGAUAGCAGCAGAAUUGUGACUUCACGUUUUGGUGGAUCAAAGCUUGCUUUCAUCUCGAAGCCGAGCAAAUGAUUAUGAUUCAAAUGCGGUGAUCAGACCUUUUCAGCAAUAGGAAGCCAUGCACACGGUGUCGGAAGUAGCCGCUGUAAUUAAGUACAGCGGUAAGCCGCCAGGCAAGUUUUGGAUAGGGGCAGGGAGCCCACUUCGAUUACCAUAAUCUGUUAUCUGAGGGUUCUAAGCUUAGGUGAGUCACUUGGGCAAAUCGAGUUUGGUUAUGUACUGUACUGGCUAUGCGCUGUUGUCAUUGCUGGACAGACACCAGUGUGCGUCGUGAUUUGUAAUUAUUGGCGAAGGAUAUUGGGGGUUUGCCUCUUUUUGCGGGGAUGAUAUUGAGUGUCU